AUGGAGGAGAAUGGUUCGCGUGUGAGCGAUGAGGUCGGGGAUGAGGAUGAACUUGAGCAGCUCGUAGAGCCUAAAAUGCAGCGCACUGCGUACGAACCGUCCCGACCGACGAGGGCGCGUUGGUAUGGUCGCGUACGCGAUCUCUUAACGCCUGCAUAGAUGGGCGAUCGCACGCACCUAAGUUCCCCAGUGAGUUCAGUCAAUCCGACGCCCUAUCUUCGGGACCUCUUCGUUACGAUUCGGCUCGGGAUGAAUCCUCUUCAUCAUAUCUUCUUAUAUCGCAACAAAAGCAGGUGGGCCGCAAGGGCAUGGGCCAUGGGGUCUUCGAUGCGCCGACAAAAGGAGCUCAAGUCGCGUUCGCCACUCUGGCGCUCGGGCUCAUGCUCGCACUCGCGGUGCAAACGGCCAGGCUGUCGUCAGCCACAGCUAACAAGCCCGCGGAAAGGAGCCAACUCUUUGACAGUUCGGGAUUGCCUGGACCUAUCGAGGACGUGAAUCCAGCGUCGAUGGUGGUGCGCAUCCCUCCGGCCCCCUUCAACGAAUCGAGCAUCGUCGCGGGGAGACCUUCGGAUCCACACGGCCCGGUAUGGCGACUUUCAGACGACGCCAGUCGCCUUCCAAACUGCGGACAAUUGAUCCUCAUGCCCUUGUCUGCUGCGGGGUGGGGUGCGAACGUGGGCCUUUUGGUAUGUCGAUCUCAUGUGAAAAGCCCAUUGGACAACUCGAGCGAGGCGAUUAAGGGGGGUUACUAACACCCGAGCGUUGUUCGUACCUAUCUAUCCAGCUUCGAGGGACCAUGUAUGCUCGGAAGCUCGGUAUCGUGCCGAAGGCUCAAGGCGGAAUUCUACGGCACCCCUGUUUUGCUGACCAGACCGAACAAUACUCCUUUGAAGGUCGUACGGGCGCUUGGAGUACUAUUUUGAGCCCUAUACGAUCGAUUGCGUUCCCCCAUCGGACUGGUACGACGAAAGUCAGACCACUAGACUACGGGCAAAAGGAUGGAGAAAAGCGGCUCACAUCAGAGUUAGCCGGAAGGACACACGGCACAUGGACGCCAUGGACCAAGAGCUCUUCUUCGACCGCGAGAAGGACGGAUUGCAGCACGCGCAACGCUUGAUGCUCGGUCGCAACCCAAAGCCGAGCGUAUUACGGCUUCUGAGACUCUUCGAGCACCGUUGA